ACCCGCUGCGCCUCAUACUCUGAGGAGAGAAUCAUGUUGGAAAAUGUCCCGACGAUGUCGUCUCUGGAGCGGCAGCAGGUCCUGGCCGCUCUGGACAGACUUCAGUCCAAACUUGUCCAGAGAGAAGAGUGGACUCACAGCGACAACAUGAAGAACCUGCGGGAGGCGCUACAGAGCCCCCUGUUCAGCCACAUACUGACCCUGCAGCAGUCCAUCAAGCACCUGAGACAGCAGUUAAACACUUUACCUGCUGACUCUCACACAGACUUCAGUUUCUCUCCUAAAGGGCAGCUCAUCCUCAGCUCAGUGGCUCCGCCCCCUGGCUCUUCUGUGUCCAAUCAGAGCGCUGUGAGCACACACCAGGCCCCGCCCUCCACCUUUGAUCUGCAGAAGUGGAUCUCCACCAACGCGAAGGGUCGUCUCACUGAGGCGGUGUCUCUGUCCCGUCCUGUCUCUGGGGGUCUGGGCUUCAGUGUGGUCGGUCUGACCCCAGGGGGCAGCAGCUGUCAGGGGGUGUUCAUCAAGCAUGUGCAGCCUGGAGGAGUGGCCCACAGGAGCGGUGGUCUUCAGGAGGGGGAUCAGAUCUUGGUGAUAAAUGGCCGAGCGUUGGAGCCGGGGGUCAGCCAGCAGGAGGCGCUGUCCCUGCUGCAGAGCGGAGACUCUGUGGAGCUGGUGGUCGCUCGAGACACGCCCCUGAACGCAUCACCGGCGCCCGAGAGGACGGCGCCCGAGAGGACGGCGUACGCCCCGCUGCAGACGGCUCACGUGGACACGUCUCAGUGGGGUCACGUGGAGCAGAUCGAGUUGGUGAACGAUGGAUCUGGACUUGGAUUUGGGAUCGUUGGAGGAAAGACCGGAAUCGUGGUCCGGACUUUGCUUCCCAACAGUGUGGCCCACAGAGACGGGCGUCUUCGCACCGGGGACCACAUCCUGUCCAUAGGCUCCGCCCCCACGGCUCACCUGAGCAGCGAGCAGGUGGUGUCGGCGCUGCAGGCCUGUGGGAGCCGUGUUAGCAUGAUCAUCGCUAGGGACUACAAAGGUCAGAGGUCACCGGGCCCACCCCCUCCACCUGACUCCGCCCCUGUGUCUGCACUGGCCCCGCCCCCUCCCAGAACCCAACCACAGAGACGAGUCAGCAAAACGCCCAAUCUGGACGGAUACGAGAUCCAUGAAGUUUCUCUGACGAAGAAACAAGGACAGAGUCUGGGCAUCUCCAUCAUCGGAUACAACCCCCUCACCAGCCAAGACGCUGUGGGGGUGUUUGUGAAGAACGUGGUCCCGGGCAGCGCCGCAGAGCAGAGCGGGAACAUCCGAGUCCACGACCGGAUCCUCGCUCUGAAUGGUGUGAGUCUUCAUGGUCGGACCAAUCAGGAGGUUCUGGAGGUGAUGAAACAGACGGGGCAGACGGUGGUUCUGACGCUGGUGCGCAAGAAGAGGGCGCUAGAGAGGUCCCUGGACAAAGUGGAGAGGGGAGAGUCUCGUGUCUCCCUGAGGAGGUCGGUGGAGCUGAGGCCACGGACACAGAGUCGACAGGAGCAGAGCCACAACACAACCAGAGCCUCUGAGGUCGAGCUCAGGGCCAAAUGGGAUCAGGCUCUGGGCCCAAACUACAAAGUCCUGGUGGUGAACUUGGACCCUGUGAUCGAGGACGAUGAGGAGCUGCAAAAGUCGUCAAAGCUGCUGCCCGUCCACACGGUGCGUCUGGGGGUGGAGUUGGACUCGUUUGAUGGACAUCACUACGUCUCGUCUGUGAUCCCUGAAGGUCCAGUCCACAAACACGGAGAACUGAGGCCAGAGGACGAGCUGCUGGAGGUCAAUGAUGUGCAGGUUUAUGGUAAAUCUCGUCGGGAGGUGGUUGCGUUCCUUAAAGAGGUUCCUCCUCCGUUCACACUCGUCUGCUGUCGACACCUCUCUGCGGACCAGGACCAGGACCUGGACCUGGACCAGGACCAGGACCAGGACCGAGGUCUAGACCAGGACUCGGACCAGGACUCUGAGGUCGAGCCUCCGAAGUAUCGGCCGAAGUACGAGACCAGAUAUGACCCGGAGCCGAGGUCCAGGGACGAGCCGAGUCUGGACGAGAUCGAGUUGAAGUUGUCAUCGAUGUUGUGUCAGACCAGAGACGAACCCGCCCCCAGACAGGAUCGGCCUCCUCCAGAGUCUGUGCUGCAGUCAGACUCUGAGACGGGAGAGACAAGUGGGACGGGAGAGACAGGUGGGACAGGGGCGGACAGCAGUGAAGAGGACGAAGACGAGGAGGACGAAGACGAGGAGGAAGAAGAAGAGGAGGAGGAGGAGGAAGAGGAGGAGGAAGAAGGGGAGCUGGCCAUGUGGGCCCCUGAAGUUCUAUCUCUCGAGCUGAACAAGGACCAAGAGAAAGGACUCGGAUUCAGCAUCUUAGACUAUCAGGACCCUCUGGACCCCGGUCGCUGUGUGAUGGUGGUGCGGUCUCUGGUCCCGGGGGGGUCAGCAGAGCGCAGUGGGGGUCUUCUGCCCGGAGACCAGGUGGUUUGUGUGAACUCCACUCAGCUGCAGCACCUGACCCUGUCUGAGGCCGUCGAAGUCCUCAAGAUGGCGCCCGCAGGAACCGUCAGGCUGGGCGUCCGCAAACCUCUGGUGGAGCAGGCGGAGGGAGGAGGGGGUGGAGCCGACAGAGUGGGUGGAGCCGACAGAGUGGGCGGGGCACAGGUUUCUCUGGACGACUUUCAGGUCGAGUCUUUUCCCUCAAACCUGGAGGACGAGGACGAGCCGGAGCUGAUCCUGGACGGAGGACUUCCUCGUUACUCCUCUCUGACCCCCGUGACCUCUGACCUCUCGACCACAGAGGGGCGAGAAAUGGCCGUGGACGAGGAACAGGAAGUGACACGGAGUCAAACCACAGAAGAAGAGCAGAGACCUCCCCCUCCCACCUGGGACGAGUGGAGACGCUCUCUGGGAAGGGUCAGAAAACAGACGGGGGCGGAGCCUGACGUGACGCAGCGACAGGUGGAGAGACCCGUGACCUCUGACCCCGUGACCUCUGACCCCGAGUCUGCGGUGUCUGUGAGGAGAGCCUCAGGGCGUGUGACUGACUCCAGGGACAGUGAGGCCGACUCUGAGCUCACUCUGACCGACACAGACACAGAGUCGGGGCGUGUCGUGGACACAGAGAGGCGAAGGAGGCGGGGUCAAGCAGGAACCUAUCCUCCAAUCAGAGGAGCCCACAGUGAUCUUCCUCAGAGGGAGGAGGGGGAGGGGGAGGAGACUCCGGCCUUCAGUCACUGGGAACCUCCCAGAAGGGUGGAGGUGUGGGUGGAGCCGGGUCAGUCCCUGGGCCUGAGCAUUGUGGGAGGACGUCAUGUGAUCAAACGCCUCAGAAACGGGGAGGAGUUAAAGGGAAUCUUCAUCAAACAAGUCCUGCCCCAGAGUCCAGCAGCGCAGAGCCAGAGUCUGAAGACCGGAGACAAGAUCCUGGAGGUGAAUGGCGUGGACCUCAGGGCGGCGUCUCAUGAUGAGGCGGUGAAUGUGAUCAAAGCGUCUCAGAGUCCAGUGCAGUUUGUGGUGCAGAGUCUGUCCAACACUCCCAGGCCCGUGUCCGUCAUGGCCCCGAGUUACAGCAAACACAAAGCCAAGAAGAACGCCACGUCUGCGAAGCCACCCUUAGCCCCACCCCCUCCGAGAGACCCGCCCCCUUACAGACCUCCCAGCCAAUCAGACGCCGUCUCUGACCAGGACCAGGCCAAAGACCACUGGAGUGAGCGUUACGCAGAUCUUCCGGGGGAGCUGUUCUGUCUGGAUCUUGAGAAGGAUCGGACCGGACUUGGACUAAGUUUGGCCGGGAAUCGGGACCGGUCCCGACUCAGCGUGUUUGUGGUGGGUCUGAGUCCCGGAGGAGCGGCGGCGAAGGACGGGAGGAUCCAGGUCGGAGACGAACUGCUCGAGAUCAAUAACCAGGUUCUGUACGGCCGCAGCCACCAGAACGCCUCCGCCAUCAUCAAGAGCGCCACCAACAGGGUGCGGCUGGUACUGCUCAGAAAUGCAGACGCGGUUAAUCACAUGGCCGUGGCGCCGUUCUCGUCUCCUCCGACGCUCGGCCCCGCCCCCUCAGAGGCUGUCCCUCCGCUUCCUGUGUCCGGCCCCGCCCUCUCCACAGAGAAGCCCCGCCCUCCUGACCAGCUGACCCUAAGCUCCUCCCACAGACAGCAGAGGUCGACUGAGGAGGUGGAGCUAAACGACAUGAACAAGAGCAGCGCCCCCCACAGGCACAGACAGGACACUGCACACAAGAAGAGGCAGAAGUUGGACUCUGAGAACGAUCUUCAGUCUCCCUCAGAAACACAGACUCUUGUUUCUUCUCUGAGCUCCAGAAAAGUUCCUCCGGCGUCUCCUCUGACGAGCCCCGACCUCGACAACGCCAACACAGACCUGUCUAUCUGCCCUGUGACCUCUGACCCCUUGACCCGCCCUGUGACCUCCGACCCCUCGAGCUGCCCCGUGGUCCCGGGGCACGAGACGCUCAUUGAGAUCUGCAAAGGCCGAUCGGGACUCGGACUCAGCAUCGUCGGAGGAACAGACACACAACUGAACGCCAUCGUCAUCCAUGAGGUGUACCAGGAGGGGGCAGCAGCGAGAGACGGGAGGCUGUGGGCCGGAGACCAGAUCCUGGAGGUGAACGGCGUGUCUCUGCGAGGAGCGUCUCAUGAGGAGGCGAUCUGUCUCCUCCGUCAGACUCCGUCCCGUGUGCGUCUGCGUGUCCUGAGGGACGAGCUGUCGGAGCAAACCCUGCAGCUGUUCAGAGUCGAACUGCACAAGAGGAGUGGGCGGGGCCUCGGACUCAGCAUCGUCACAAAGAGGAGCGGCAGUGGCGUGUUCAUCUCGGAGGUGGUCAGAGGGGGCGCUGCAGAGCUGGACGGACGGCUGAUGCAGGGAGAUCAGAUCCUGUCUGUGAACGAAGAAGACACAAGGAGCGCCACGCAGGAAACUGUCGCCGCGAUGCUAAAGUGCGCUCGAGGGGCUGUGCUGCUGGAGGUCGGACGACUCAAAGCUGCUUCGUGGAUCUCCCCCAAAACCAAGACCCAGAACCAGAUCCAAACCCUGAGCGAAACCUGUCCCAGAAUCUCAGCCACGACCCCGACCCCACCUGACCCCCCUCUGACCCCUGUCACCCCUGUGACCCCUGUGACCCCUGACCCCGAGCCUCUGCCCCUCAACAACAACAAGACCAGUGACACCAGCUCCUCUGCCCAGAUCAACAGCACAGAUGAGGACUCUGGCGUUCGCUCCGUCGACAUCACACGGACUCAGAGGGACUCUUUGGGGGUGAGUGUGGCCGGGGGGCGGGGCAGUCCUUUGGGGGACGUCCCUUUGUUCAUCGCCAUGAUCCAGGCCAACGGAGUCGCCGCCAAGUCCAAGAAACUCAAGGUUGGUGAUCGUAUCGUGAGCAUAAACGGUCACAGUGUGGAUUCUCUGACUCACAGUGAAGUCGUGUCUCUGCUCAAAAACUCCUACGGCGACAUCAACCUGAAGGUCGUAGCAGACACAAACAUCUCUGCCAUCGCGUCUCAUGUGGAGAGUUUGUCCAGCAGCUCGAUGCUCUCGUCCAACACAGAGAGCAACGAGCCAGAUUCUCCUCGCUGUAAAACCAUCGUCCUCCAGAAAGGAUCUGAGGGUUUGGGCUUCAGCAUCGUGGGAGGAUUCGGGAGUCCACACGGAGACCUGCCCAUCUACGUGAAGACCGUCUUCAGCAAGGGCGCGGCGGCGCAGGAGGGGCGGCUGCGGCGUGGAGAUCAGAUACUGUCUGUGAACGGAGAGACACUAACCGGAGCCAGCCACCAGGAGGCAGUGUCUCUGCUCAAGAGGCAGAAACCUGGAGAAGUGGAGCUGCAAGUGCUGUCCUGAGACCGGACUGG